UGUCACCGUAGUUACUUCCUGCCUUGUGACCACACACCCCGGCUUGGGCUUGACAGGGCUGCUCUGCAGAACUGAAGGACCAGCGUCCCUGACCACACAGCAGUGCCACCAAGGACAGUUUCUCUACAAGGUCUGUCACCUAAGCAGUCAGAAUGGCCAGAGGAUCAGUGUCUGAUGAAGAGAUGAUGGAACUCAGAGAGGCCUUUGCCAAAGUCGACACGGAUGGCAACGGGUACAUCAGCUGCAAUGAGCUGAAUGACCUGUUCAAGGCUGCCUGCCUGCCUCUGCCUGGGUAUCGCGUGAGAGAGAUCACAGAAAACCUGAUGGCCACGGGUGACCUAGACCAAGACGGAAAGAUCAGCUUUGAUGAGUUUAUCAAGGUCUUCCAUGGCCUGAAAAGCACCGAGGUUGCCAAGACCUUCCGGAAAGCUAUCAACAAAAAGGAAGGGAUCUGCGCAAUUGGCGGCACCUCCGAGCAGUCCAGCGUUGGCACCCAGCAUUCCUACUCAGAGGAAGAAAAGUACGCCUUCGUCAACUGGAUAAACAAAGCCCUGGAGAAUGACCCCGACUGCCGGCAUGUCAUCCCCAUGAACCCCAACACCAAUGAUCUCUUCAACGCUGUAGGGGACGGCAUAGUCCUUUGUAAAAUGAUCAACCUGUCCGUGCCAGACACGAUCGAUGAGAGAACAAUCAACAAAAAGAAGCUCACACCUUUCACCAUUCAGGAAAACUUGAACUUGGCCCUGAACUCUGCCUCAGCCAUUGGGUGCCAUGUGGUUAAUAUAGGAGCCGAGGACCUGAAGGAGGGGAAACCUUAUUUGGUCCUGGGACUUUUGUGGCAAGUCAUUAAGAUUGGGUUGUUUGCUGACAUCGAACUCAGCAGAAAUGAAGCUCUGAUCGCCCUUCUGAGAGAAGGAGAGAACCUGGAGGACCUGAUGAAGCUGUCUCCCGAAGACCUGCUGCUGCGGUGGGCGAACUAUCACCUGGAGAACGCAGGUUGCACCAAAAUCGCCAACUUCAGCACUGACAUCAAGGACUCGAAAGCUUAUUACCACCUGCUUGAGCAAGUGGCUCCCAAAGGAGAUGAAGAAGGAAUCCCCGCUGUUGUGAUUGACAUGUCAGGGCUGAGGGAGAAGGAUGACAUCCAGAGGGCAGAGUGCAUGCUGCAGCAGGCGGAGAGGCUGGGCUGCCGGCAGUUUGUCACAGCCACCGACGUCGUCCGAGGGAACCCCAAGUUGAACCUGGCUUUCAUUGCCAACCUCUUUAACAAAUACCCUGCCUUGCACAAACCAGAGAAUCAGGACAUUGACUGGGGGGCUCUGGAAGGUGAGACGAGGGAAGAGCGGACGUUCAGGAACUGGAUGAACUCCUUGGGCGUCAACCCUCGGGUCAACCAUUUGUACAGUGACUUGUCAGAUGCCCUGGUCAUCUUCCAGCUCUAUGAAAAGAUCAAAGUCCCUGUUGACUGGAACAGAGUAAACAAGCCUCCGUACCCCAAGCUGGGGGGCAAUAUGAAAAAGCUUGAGAAUUGUAAUUACGCCGUGGAGCUGGGGAAGAAUCAGGCUAAGUUCUCCCUAGUUGGCAUCGCAGGACAAGAUCUCAACGAAGGGAACCACACUCUCACGUUGGCGUUGGUGUGGCAGCUCAUGAGAAGGUACACGCUGAAUAUGCUGGAAGACAUCGGUGAUGGCCAGAAGGUCAACGAUGACAUUAUUGUCAACUGGGUGAAUGAAACGCUGAAGGAGGCACAGAAAAGCUCGUCCAUCACUAGCUUCAAGGACCCCAAAAUCAGUACCAGCCUUCCGGUUCUGGAUCUCAUUGAUGCUAUUCAGCCGGGCUCCAUAAACUAUGACCUUCUAAAGACAGAAAACCUGGACGAUGAAGAGAAACUCAACAAUGCAAAGUAUGCCAUUUCCAUGGCCCGAAAAAUUGGAGCAAGAGUGUAUGCCCUUCCAGAAGACCUGGUUGAAGUGAACCCCAAAAUGGUCAUGACGGUGUUUGCCUGCCUCAUGGGGAAAGGGAUGAAGAGGGUGUAAGGCCCAGGGAGCAAGCCAGAAGGUGACACGGUCAUCCCUGAAGGUCAGCACAGGGUGCUCCCAGGAUACAGAGGACUGUUCAAGCCAUUCCAAAGUCCUGAACCUUAGAGACAUUAUAUGAGAUUCCAGAAAGUGCGUAUUUGUUUGGCCAAGUAGCUUCUACUGUCCUUAGCAAUACAUACUUCUCUCUUUUGGUUUGUUUUGUUUUUCAGAAGAUCUACUCUCUUACAGAUUUUUUUUCUUAUUCUUUGAAAUUCUACCAGAAAAAAAAAAGAAAACUAAAGAGAAGUUCUUUCCAGAUGCCUUCCCUGAUUUCACUGGCAAUCAAGGGUAAAACUACAGUGUUUCCGUCACUUGAUUUUUCAAACCAGUUUUAUCUGGCUGCUUUUUUUUCCUUGUUUAGUGUGAGGACCUGGAGGAGAUCAUCUACCCUGCCUUAAAUAAAGCCUGUUGCUGGAGGCCAGCCCCGGAUGGUCGCAGCCUCUCCUUGCAUUCCCUUCUCUCACUCUCUGAGUUUGCUGCAGCCCCUCAGAACCUCAUCUGCUCUGUGGUCUCCUUUCUCGCCAUCUUUGUCUCUCUGAGCCAUGGUACAUCUGACCAGCCAGUCAAGCUCUGGGCAUCCCAAGAGUCUCUAGGAGCCUGCAAAAUUGGGGGACAGGGCUCAAGGACAGUGUAGUAAAUAAUGAAACCACUAAGGGCAGGUGUGGGGAGAAUCACAGAGCAUCUACUCUUCUGGGUGCUGCAUCUCCACACAUUUAUCCCUCCUUGUGAGAUAUCUGGUCACUGCAGUGCUGGCAAGAGGUCUGAUGACAUUCGGAAACAAUCCUGCUCAGCUUCAUUUGCACUUAGACAUCAGGAUAUUUGAUCGCCGCCAGGCCGUAUUACCAUUUCUCACUUUGUUGGUACUGCAAAAGCUUUUUGCCACCCUCAAGUUCCUGAGGGGUUAAUAUGUGCCAAUAAUAUAUGUCCCCGCCUCACCCAAAUGCUUACGCAGUCACUUCCACAUAUGUAGCUGGAUGUCAAGAGUAGACUUGCUUACUAGGAACUGCCAGGGGUUUCAAAAGCAAACCAAAAAGGACAGUAUAAAUUUGAAUAGAUCCACUAGAUAAGCAAUUUCCACAAAAACUUAUCAAAAGCUAAAAAUGCCACAGGGCAUUGUGAACCAAUGCUAAACUGCCUCUGCGUUAGUGAAAGACUUAUUCCCAAGGUAUCUUCUUUGGGGAUAGCAGGAUGUCAUGGAACUUCAGCAUCUUCCGAAGCAGUGAAAAUGCAGGAUCUUGACUUCAUUCCUUGGCAGUGAGCUCAAGAAGCCAAGAGAUGACUCUUUCCAGCUCCCUGCCAGUGUCCCUGCUGCGUCUGAAUGCAAAGUGUGUGGCUGUGACUUUAGUCUGAACUUAACUUAGUGACGCCUCAGAUGCUGUCUCCCCGUCUGCCUCCAUGAAGGAAGGGUGUUAUUGCCUUAAUGGAAAAUGAAGACAAAUCAUGUUAAUGGUCUUUUCAAAUAAAAUGUUCCCAAUUCUG